AUGCGCUACAGACAGUUCUACAGUAUUCCACAAGGACCGCAAACACCGGCCACGGGCACUCCGGUUGCGCCUUUGAAUUACUUCACGGCCGUGAGCCACACCUCGCCUUACCCGCAAGAGCUGGCAGCUCGGUCCCGGGACCCCCCGACCCGGCAGCUGGUCACCGGUGACGCAAUGUUUUUUUACAGCCACUAUGUGGAUAUGGAUCCCGAAAACCAAAAUUUCUUGCUCGACUCCAAUCUUGGAAAGAAGAAAUAUGAAACUCAGUAUCAUCCGGGUACUACUUCCUUUGGAAUGUCAGUAUUUAAUCUGAGCAAUGCUAUUGUGGGUAGUGGCAUCCUUGGUCUUUCUUAUGCCAUGGCUAACACUGGAAUUGCUCUUUUUGUGAUACUUCUGCUGUUUGUCUCAAUAGUUUCUUUGUAUUCAGUGCAUCUCCUUUUGAAGACUGCCAAUGAAGGAGGGUCUUUAUUGUACGAACAGUUGGGAAUGAAGGCAUUUGGUAUGGCUGGAAAACUUGCUGCUUCUGGAUCAAUUACAAUGCAGAACAUUGGAGCUAUGUCAAGCUACCUCUUCAUAGUGAAAUAUGAGUUACCAUUGGUCAUCAAGACAUUUAUGAACAUCGAAGAGACCACAGGAGAAUGGUAUCUUAACGGCGACUAUUUAGUGCUGCUGGUGUCUGUCAUCCUCAUUCUUCCCCUGUCCUUACUGAAAAAUUUAGGAUAUUUGGGCUAUACCAGUGGCUUUUCCUUACUUUGCAUGGUCUUCUUUCUGAUUGUUGUAAUUUGGAAGAUGUUUCAGAUCCCUUGUCCUAUGGACAGUGACAUCAUGAACAUGACAUUAGCAAACGUGACACUGGCACCUUUAGUAGAUACAAACAUAACAAGUGAUGAUGUAUGCAAGCCAAAAUAUUUCAUCUUCAAUUCACAGACCGUCUAUGCUGUCCCAAUCCUAACAUUUUCUUUUGUCUGCCACCCUGCAAUUCUUCCUAUCUAUGAAGAACUGAAAGGCCGAAGCCGUAAAAGAAUGAUGAAUGUGUCCUAUGUAUCUUUUUUUGCCAUGUUCCUCAUGUAUUUAUUGGCUGCUCUCUUUGGAUACCUGACAUUUUAUGGAAACGUUGAACCAGAACUGCUUCAUACCUACUCUGCUUACCUGGGUGCUGAUGUUCUUCUUCUUAUUGUGCGUCUUGCUGUACUUAUGGCUGUAACCCUUACUGUACCUGUAGUUAUUUUCCCAAUCCGCAGUUCCAUUACCCAGCUGUUGUGGGCAGGGAAGGAGUUUAGAUGGUGGCGUCACUGUUCCAUUACUGUUGCUCUUCUGGCGUUUACCAACGUGCUUGUUAUCUUUGUCCCUACUAUCCGAGACAUCUUUGGAUUCAUUGGUGCAUCUGCAGCUGCCAUGCUGAUCUUUAUACUUCCUUCUGCCUUCUAUAUCAAAUUAGUGAAGAAGGAACCAAUGAAGUCAGUGCAAAAGAUUGGGGCUGCGUUCUUCUUUCUAAGUGGUAUACUUGUGAUGACUGGGUGUAUGACACUGAUUAUUCUAGACUGGACCCAGAAUGCUGCAUCAGAUGGCCAUUAACUGUCCUGGUUUAAUCUCUAAUACUCCACUUCAAAUGCCAGUGUUCACUCAGAUACCUACUGAGCAUCAAAAUGAGCUAUUCAGCUUCCUUUAAAAUGCAGAUUCUUUGUUGGUGGUUCUUCUGAUUGUAGAAUACCCGAACUUGGUCUUUAAGAAACUAUUCUGCAUGAUGGAAGUGGAUAUUAACAUCAAACCACGUGAGUGUCUGGCUGAAGGAAGUGACAACUUUAUUCCAUUCCAGAGAAUGGACAGAACUCUCCGUAGACUUUUAUCAAGCCAUGUUUGGCUUUUGUCAUUGUUACUUGGAUAUUUUGUUAUUUUACUUGAAUGUGCCUAAUGGAACCA